UAAAUAAAAUGCCAAAAUAUUUUUGUGACUACUGCGAUACCUACCUAACACAUGAUUCUCCAUCGGUUCGGAAAACUCACUGUGCAGGACGGAAACAUAAGGAGAAUGUGAAAGCUUAUUAUCAGAAGUGGAUGGAGGAGCAGGCACAGACUUUAAUAGAUACAACCACAGCAGCAUUCAAGGCUGGAACAUUAAUCCAACCCUCUCCCGUCCUUCCUCCUCAUCCUGCUCAUCAAUCCAUUCAUCUUGUACCAUCAUCCUCUCUUCUCCAACCCCAUCUUCAUCUUGCUCAUCCACAACACCAACAUCCUCUUCAUCAACUUCAUCAACAACAUCAACUUCAGCCUCAACUUCAACCACAUCCGCAACUACAACAACAUCCUCAACUUCCUCAGCACCAUCAGUUACUUCCACAGCAUCAUCAACUUCUUCAACAGCAAAAUCAUCUUCCUGGGUUCUUCUCUCCAAUGUUCCAAUCACCAUUCCGUCCUCCGCCUCUUCAGUUCAUGAUCUUUCCACAACAAAUAUAGACAAUGCUUCUUUA